GUGACCUAACGGGGGAGAGAAGAGCUAAUUUCCUCGGUAACUGUCACAGUUCGCCUCCUGUGCCGCGGAUCAUCUCGGCGUCUCCACUCAGAGGAAUCUCCAGAAGCUCAAAGUACUCAGGAUGUCCAGGGAGCAGCAGGUGGUGGCUCUUGCCAGGAAGGCCUUCGAAACGGGCAGAUCCAAAUCUUUAGAGCACCGUGUUCGCCAGCUGAAGAACCUGCAGCGAUUGUUCACAGAGAGACAGCAGGAGAUUGUAGAUGCCCUGAAGAAAGAUCUCAAUAAGAGUGAGGUGGGGACGCAGCUGUAUGAGACUGUGGGUCUGGAAGGGGAGAUCAACCUGGCCAUCAAGAAGCUGAAGGAGUGGGCUGCCCCUCGAAAAGUGGAGAAGAACCUGUUGACCAUCUCCGACACAGUCUUCAUCAAGCCGGAGCCGCUGGGAGUGGUGCUGAUCAUUGGGGCCUGGAACUACCCCUGGGCUGUCACCAUCCAACCGCUCAUUGGAGCCAUCGCUGCAGGAAAUGCAGCCGUAAUUAAGCCCUCUGAGAUCUGUGUUCACUCCGCAAAGGUCAUGGAGGACCUGCUACCACUCUACAUCGACAAAGAGCUUUACCCUGUCUUAUGCGGAGGAGUGCCGGAAACCCAGGAGCUGCUGCGGCAGCACUUUGAUCACAUUUUCUACACCGGAAACUCUAUGGUGGGCAAACUGAUCAUGGAGGCCGCCGCCAAACACCUGACCCCUGUCACUCUGGAGCUUGGUGGAAAGAGCCCCUGCUACAUCGACAAGGAUUGUGAUAUAAGCAUCGCCUGCCGGCGUGUCACCUGGGGAAAGUACACUAACUGUGGUCAGACCUGCAUCGCCCCGGACUACAUCCUUUGUGAGCCGAGCAUCCAGGACCGGGUCAUUGAAGAGGUCAAGAAGUCCAUUAAGGAUUUCUACACAGAAAACCCAAAGUCCUGCCCUGACUAUGGACGCAUCAUCAGCCAGCGCCACUUCAAGAGGAUAAUGGCCAUGGUGGACGACAGCACCGUUGCUGCAGGAGGAGACAACGAUGAGUCAGACUGCUACAUAGCCCCCACAGUUUUGCGUGACGUGAAGCCAGAGGCGAAGGUGAUGCAGGAGGAGAUAUUUGGACCUCUGCUUCCCAUCUUGCCGGUCAGCGGCCUGGAUGAAGCGAUCAAGUUUAUCAAUAAGAGAGAGAAACCUCUGGCCCUCUACGUCUUCACACCAGAUGACAAGGUGAUACAGAGAAUGGUGGAUGAGACAUCUAGUGGAGGACUGCUGGCCAACGACUGUCUUGUACACUAUUCAGUCAGCUCUCUGCCUUUUGGAGGAGUGGGGAACAGUGGUAUGGGCUGCUAUCAUGGUAAGUUCAGCUUUGACCAGCUGAGCCACCUGCGUGGUUGUCUCAUCAAACAGCUGAAGAUGGAGGGGAUGAACAGCAUGCGGUAUCCACCUCACACGCAGGAGAAGCUCGGCUGGGUGCGCUUCUUCCUUCUGAAGAAUUUCGACCUGGGCUGGUUGGGGCGGAUGGCGCUCUUGGCUGCUCUGGCUGUGAUGUCUGCGGUUGUGCUUCAGAGUUAUCUUCUUUGAAGACAUCCUGUUGGUGUCCGGAUGACAGAUCUGUUGUUUCCUUGACUCUUUGGACCAGAGAGAAGAAGACGAAGCAUUUCAUCAACAAGUUUCUGCAUAAAUCAAAUCAAACCUGAAAAUCACUUGAGAACAUUUUGGUUGUUGCCCUAAUGUGCAUUUCACACAUUUCAGUGUGAAACUUUUGUUUUCAUGAAGGUGAUUAUUUAUUCCCACCUCAGGCUCUAAAAUCUCUGCUCAGAAUCAAUGUGUUAUAUUAGAACCUGUCAGAUCAGGUUUGGAUACAUAAGUAAGUAAAUAUUCUUACAUAAUGCUGAGAUAUUUUUCUCAGCCCUGUGAUAUGAACAGUGCCUGUAGCUUUUAUUAAAGACACUUUCAAUGCUCACAGAAAGUUUCUCAAAUUUAACUAACCUCUGAUUUGUUUACGUUAAUGAAGGUUUAUUUUAGGGAAGAAUUUUACAACUGUUCAUUCUGAGUCUGUUUCAUUUCAAUGUUGGAUCAGCCGUCAACUUAACACUGAGCCUGAAGGUACUUGUACUGUACCUUCUGUGUAGGUUUGGUUUUUAUGUGUCGUCUCUGUGUGCGUCUGUCCGCUGACGAGACACAGGUCAGACUAAAGUGUUUCAUCACCGGCUUUUGAGUCGUGGCGAAAUCACACUCGAUCCUAUGAAGGACAUUUUAUUUCUUUACGCCUGUAACAAAUUGAAGGAACGUUUUCGAAAUGGCUAACAACAAUAAGUUGCUGAAUGUUUUUUAAUCACACUGUUAUUCAUAAAGGGUUUUUAAUUAACAGUUAAAUUAAUUUACAGUUAUUUUGGAUAAAUACUGAAAUAAAUAUAUUUCUAAUGGUA